AUUGAGGAUCUCAGUCACAUGACAGCCUGGUUGGUUCAGUUUCCUGUCUGCUGCCAACCAUACGGUAAGGAGGAUGAGCUCAAGCAAUGGGACCAGACGGAAAGUCAGCAAGCUGCACCAUUUCAACAACAUGGUCGCUUUGGACCAGGACACACAGACUGAGAUUCUGAGUCUUUUUAAAAAAGUAAGGACCUAUGUGAAACCGUCCAGCGGGGAGUGGUGCAUCCCUGACCCAAAUGCUGCUCUCAGACACUCUGCAGAGGAGCACUGCAGGCUGCAGGACCUAAAAGUGUUACUGAACGAUGUGAAGAACCAGCUCAGUGACAAGAACGUCCAGGUCUGGCACCAGCACACCAACUCCACAAAUCGAGCCGGGAAAGUCAUCGCCACAGUGCGCUCUGCUGCUAACGCUGAGAUCUGCACCCAGGCCUGGUGCAAGUUCUAUGAGAUCCUGGGAACAUUUGAUCUUCUUCCAGAGGAGGCUCUUCAAAACGGAGAGCUGAACACGGUCCACCUUUGUGAGGCUCCAGGAGCCUUCAUAACCUCUCUAAACCACUAUAUCAAAACGAGCGACUCUACACGCUACUGUGACUGGAGCUGGGCAGCCAACACUCUCAACCCGUACCAUGAGGCCAAUGGAGGGAGCACCACCAUUGCAGACGAUCGGUUGAUUGCCAAUACGUUGCCCUGGUGGUUUUUUGGCUCAGAUAACACAGGCAACAUUAUGCUGCAGAAACAUCUGCUGGAGCUGCAGGCGUUUGUGGCCAACAUGCGCAGAGUCGACUUAGUGACAGCAGAUGGGAGUUUUGACUGUCAGGAGAACCCGGAUGAGCAGGAGGCGCUGGUGGCGUCGCUACAUUACUGCGAGGUCACAGCUGCACUGCUGCUCCUCAGCCCGGGUGGCUCCUUCGUACUGAAAAUGUUCACUCUGUAUGAACACACCUCUGUCUGCUUACUCUACCUGCUGAACUGCUGUUUUCACUCUGUAAACGUCUUCAAACCUGCAACUAGCAAAGCAGGAAACUCUGAGGUUUAUGUCAUAUGUCUGAACUACGACGGAAAGGAGGCAGUGAGGCCUUUGCUCUCUAAGCUGAUUCGUAACUAUGGACCACAUAUGGCUGACCGUGAGACACUUUUCCCAAAAUCUCUUCUACCAGAGUCUUUUUUGAAACAGCAUGAAGAAGUGAGUUCAUACUUCCACGCACUGCAGGUGAGGACGAUCACAGAAAACCUGCAACUGUUUAAAGGAAUGAGUGCAGAGCAGAAGCAGCAUCUCGAUUACAUCAGGGACUGUACAGCUCAGGAAUACCUGCAGCGCUUCCAGGUGAGCUUCCUUCCCCGGAGUCGAUGGGUCUCUCGUAACACGGUGAGUCCCGCCUGCUGCAGCAUCUCAGCGGGCCGACCGCUGGGACAGAAGAAGCAAACAGGCUCCUUCAAUGAGCGCAGGGAAUUGCAGACCCUGAGCUGGAGGGAGCGGAUCGAGAGGGGUUGCCAUGCCACAGAGAUAAAGAGACACCGCGUUGAGGCCAGUGGGAUCGGCUGUGUGCUGGAGGGACUGACUGAGUUUCUGGUGGAUUCAUGGUACGUUAUUGUUGGGGCUGCAUUGCCUGCAGUCAGAAACUCUGCAGUCUGUGACGGAGGAUUGUUAAACCAUCUAAAUGAAGCCCUCAUGGACACAAGACUCGACUGGACUCUCACACCACCCUGUGCCUCUUGCAGUGUGGCUUUCGCUGCCUCCAUUCUGUCUGAAGUUGCAGGUCUCUGUGUCUACCCAGGCAGCAGUGAGGAGAAAAAAAAGCAGAGACAGUGUCUGGUGUUUGGCAGCAGCCACGUCUGGGGUGAAAACCAACAUGAGAAUUUGGCCAUAACAUUUUCUGCAGAGCCUUGCCUUCCUCAGAGAGGAUGUGUCCUAUUGCACGACGGGGAGCCUUUGUACCAGCAGCAGCUCUUAGCUUGUGUUGUUUCCUCCCUACAGACCCUGAACUCUGGGGAUGCCCUGCUGCUGCCCAUGUUGUCUGCCCUCACCCGUGUUACAGCAGCUAUUGUGCUCUGCCUGCAUGUGUGUUUUCGCUCAGUCACUUUCAGGUGUCCUCCACCCUCAGGCGUUGUUGGUUCUGUUCUUGUGUGUGUUGGCUUCUGCGCUGAAGCUGCUGCACGGAUACUCCCUGUUCUCACUAACGUCCAAGACUCUAUGGGUCAGUUGUUAAGAGGAGAGGAGGACUCGGCUAAAAACCCUUCGCCUGAGUGUGACAGACAGGUGAUGCAGUUUGUUCCUAUGGACGAACUGCUCACAGGAGGACUGACUGAGUUCCUGUUGACCAUGAAUUCUGAAAUCCUCAAACAGAGGCUACAUUUACUAAUGCAAUCGUAGUGCAGUGAUGUUGGAUCAGUUCAAUCACAUUGGGCAUCCAGCAGAGUUCCACGGGAUGCUACAGAAUUCAUUCUAUUUUUAUUAUUCAUCUUUCAUGCAAUAGUUAACCACAGCACCUCACCACAGAUGUGUUGAGUCAGCUGAGUCUAAUGAUGCAGGAGGGAUUGGGGAUAAAUCGAUUUUUUGGGGGGAAAAUCAGGAUUUUCAAAUCUAGAUUUGAAACUUAUUCCACCGCUCCCCUUGGGCUCUCGCAUUUCAAUCCCCCCCUCCUCGUUUACUUCCUGUGUCUGGUUGGCCCCGUGUGUGUGCCACUAGCCACAAGUAUUCAGCUCAAGUUGCUUUGCCUCAUCUGUACUUUUGGUGUACCCUGAAACUGCACGUUUACAGCUUAUACAGAAACUGUGUCAAAAUUCUAUAUGAAUUAUUAUGAAAGGAUGGUGUCAUGUAGACUUGUAAGUUAAAACAAAUAUAUAUGGCUAAUAAUAUUUGCCAUGUUAGCUCAUCCCAGAUAUCGGUGUGUGUAUACUGUACAUGUUGCCGGAUAAGUGACAUAAAAUUGCACUACAGAAUUGCCGACAUAGACACUGUCAACAUUACAUGGCUCGUCUUCCAGAGAGUUAUAAGCUUCAUUUUCAACUAUAAAAUGUCCCGUUGAGUCAAGAGCUAAAAACAAACAACAAGGACACGUGGAGUUCGUUGUUCAUGUUCUAAAUACGCACUUACUUGUUUAUAGUUCCCAUCAUGUGUUUGGUGUGUGGAGAUAAGUUAAAAGUAAGACAUAAUCAUCUUUUAAUUGAAAUAUCCUGCUUCCACACCUUACAGACAAUCACGUAUCACCUACCUCUGAAACUAGCAGACUUCAACUCCUAACAGAAUUAGCCUUUAAACUGUUAGUGUGAGAAAAAAAAAAGUGAAACAAAGCUCAAAGCAGCUACUAGGUUGCCUGACUGCAGGUGGAAAUCAACACCUCACACCAGCAGUGUGAUAACCCAGCUGACAUCAAAACUGAACAUAAUGGAAUGAACGUCUUUUAAUUGGUUUAGCUGACUAGGUCUGGUAGUGAGUUUAGUUAUUGCUCAAUAUUUAGGUGAACAGACAUUUUUUAAUGGAAGCUGCAAAGAUUAGUUGAUUAAAAAAUAUGUUUUAAAUUGAAAUAAGUUCCUCAGAAAGGAGGCACUCGACUCUGAAGAUCAAACAGGAAGACAGACUGAUGACACAAACUUUCAGUGCAUGAAAAUGCAAAUUACUUUCAGUACUUGAUCAACAGAAGUCAUGCGUGACUAAACUCACUGAGGAUUUUAAGGAGGUUGAAUAAACAAGAGUGGAGCCCUCAGCACCAAACCUCCUGUCAGUCACAGAUGGUUUGUGUUGAAACCCACAUCACAGAGACCCUGGAGUUUUAGCCUGAAGUGCCUUUUAUAUUUAACAAUAUUUGAUUUCAUCUUAGGAUGUCAGGGAUCUUUUUGUCUCUUUGCCAUAUUGAAGGUUACUGCCAGCGAACUGAUCAGCAAUUUCUUUAGUUUUGUCCAACCUAUUGACUAUGAAAGUAUAGCCUGUGUUCACUGAAGUGUUUCAUGCUGCAUGAGCUGGAUAAGAAGGUAGCUGCUUGGAAAGGAAACAUGCUUAUUCACUUAGCGUCAAUUAUAAAAAAGUUGUUGUUUUUAAUAUUACCACAAUGUCAUCGUGACGUUUAUUUUCUUAUGAAAAGAAUAAAAUGUGUUCUUGGCAAUUACACAAAAUCUAAGUUUUCUGUUUCCUGAGAAAGCUCUGAAUGUUUUUUCAAGUUUCACUUCUGAUACUGUUUUAUAAAUAUUAACUAAUAUUUAUUAAUGUAAAUAUUGUUUUUUUUGUCCCAGCCUUUGGACUUAUGUUCAGGGUGGUAAAAUCUCAGUCGGACUCUGAAUGGACAACUUCUCCAUUGUUUGUCAGAGAUGAACAAACAUUAAAGAGUGUGAUUGUAGUAUGUGUUACCAUGAGAUAACUGUUAUGUGCAAUUGUAAUAUCCCCGUCCCUAUUUAUGCACACACAUCCACCACGGUCAUGUUUCAGCUGCUUCUUCUUUAAAAUAGUCCAUGCUGAACUGAUUCCUGAGCAUCUGUAUACAGCUGAAGGAGCUACAAAUUGCAGAUCAUGCGGUCAGAAACGUCAGCUGCAGAAUAAAAAUGCAGAUGAAAAAUGUGUGUACUAACCGUAAAACUAAUCAGAAAAGCAUACUAACUGUGUACAACAAUAAACACAAGCUCAUAAAAAACA